UUUUUAUUGUUGUUCAAGUACAGUUGUCUCCAUUUUCCCACCACCAGCUCACUGAGGAUUCUUAUAUAAGAGCAAAUUGGGAUUAUCAACUGCCAUCUUUAAUCUAUUAGAAAAACAGUACUUUAGACCCCAUAAUCUCUACUUUUGAAAGGACCCCAGAACUUAGUCACUAAGUUCCUUUCAACAAUCAUCACCCCAUUUGGUGGAGGACUUCCAAUUUUCUGGGUGUUCCUGAUUUACUGAUUUAACAAGACGUGUAGGACAGCGGCAUCUACCUACAUUUCAGGGUGUCCUAGUUCUAAGCCUCAGGGUAGUCCCCAGGGUGAGGUGUCGGAUGCCCCAGGCCCCAGCCCAGGAGCCUUCUACUUUGUUUUUUUUGGCCCCAUGGCUCUGGCUGUCAUUUAGCCACUGAGCCUCCGUCUUCUCAUGUGGCGUGGGCAUGAGGUCUCUCACCUUGUGGUAGUUACGGAGAUUAAAUAAGACAGUGCAUGUGAGUGUUCAAUAAAUGUUAGACCAUCAGAUUUUGGUUCCUCUCUUCCUUCUAGAAUCCUUCAUUGUGACAUAAGGAGAUUCCAAGGAUGAGUCAGAACAAGGCUUAUAGCAGCUGAGGAAUGGAGAGGAGCACUUUCCUUGCCACUAAGGGAAACUAUUCAUUUCUAAUAUAGUUGGAUUCUUGGGGAAGGAUCCGUAGUUCUACACUUGAAAGGAGAAGGGGCUUGUGCCAUCUGCCAAAUCAAGAACCAUGAGGAGAUUUAGGAUGUCUUGUUCCUGGAAGGUCCUGAAGAAUGAACGGGUAAGGAGCGUGAGGGGCCCUGGGAGGGAAGAGUGGAAGAUUGAACAGAGAGGUAUUUUGAGGAAGCAGGAGGCAGGUGUGUAGGAGGCGGCCUUGGAUUGAACGUGGCUACCUUGUACCUUUUGGAGUGACAGCAUGCACACAAAAGAAAGAGUUCCAGAUUAGGCUUUAGAAAGACUGAAUUCUGAGCCCGGCACUGUAGCUUACUACCCCAUUGACACUGGGAAACUCACAGACUACCCUCUGAGCCCGAGUCCUGCUCUGUGCCCACUCUUUCUACUGUUAUGAGAUCAGAGGAAAUAAGGCCCAGCAGUGGAGUAAAGUAAUAGGUUAAACUUAUGGAUUCUGGACCCAGACUGCCUGGGUUCAAUUCCCUAUCACCCAUUAGUCACAUGACUAAUAUUAGUAUUAGGCAAGUUACUUGAUUUACUGUGCCUGUUUUUCCCUCUGCUAAAAGUUGUUGAGGAUUAAAUGAGUCAGUGCAUACAAAGGGCUUAGAAUAGUGCCCAACAAUGGCAAAUUGUUCUCAAUAAGUACUAAUUUGUAUUCAUAGAGGGAUUCCCUAUAUUUUCUUUAGAUAUAUAAUUUUUAAAGAAAAUAUUACAGUUACAGGUGAAGCUCCUCGCCAUCCCACUCCCUUUUUCCUCACUGGUAACUACUUUCCUGAGGUUGAUGCGUACCCUUCCUACCUAGACAUUUAAAUUUUAUUACAUACGUAUGUAAACAUAGCAGUGAUAAGCAUCCAUAAGCAACUAUAUAGUAUGCAGCACAUUUUUAAAAACGGUAUUCUAAAUGGCAUCAUAUUUCACCUUUUUUCCACUCAAAAUUAUGUGUGAGCUUUACCAACAUUGACAUACACAGCUAGGGCCAUGUUCAAUUCUGUGACUAUACCGUAAUGAGCCGAUGCAUUCCCCUACUGAUGGAAACUCCGAUUGUUUUCAGCCUUUCACCCUCAAUAUGUGCCGUGGUCAUUCUCAUGGCUCUCUCCUUGUGCGCAUGAGUAAGUUUCUCUAAAGUGUAUACAAGGUGCAUACAGUUCCUCGAUCGUAAAGGACACACAUCCUCAACUUUUAAAAAUAUUGCUAAAUUGCUCUCCAAAAUAGUUGUACCAUGUUUUUCAUCUCCCCAGUCUGAUAAGUAUAAAAUGGUAUCUUAUGGUUACUUUAAUUUGUAUUUCCAUUAUUUUGAGUGGUAUUCAGAAUCUUUUCAUUAUGUAUAGAUGAUUGAAUUUUCCCUUCAGAAUUACCUGUUUAUAUUCUUUGCUCAUUUUUCUAUUGGGUUAUUUGUAUUUUUUUGGUUUGUAUAACUCUUUAAAUUAAAAUUCUGGGUAUUAAUCCUUUGUAAUAGUCAUCCUUUAUAAUUCUGGGUAGCAGUCCUUUGUCAGUAAUAUGCACGGCAAGCAUAUUCUUCCAAUCUUCAGUUUGUCUUUUCAUUGUGUUUAUGAUGUCUUUAUUAUCAGAAGUUAAUGGACAAUAGUUUUUAGCUUUUGAAAUUUUUUAAUUCUGAAAAUGUUCAAACAUAAAAGCUGAAAUAUGUAUAAUGCUCAUCCUUAGGUCUGACAGUCAACAUUCUGCCCCACUGGCUUUGUGUUUGUGUGUGUGCAGGAACAUGGGUGUGUGUUUGCUGAAUCACGUAUAAGUUGCAUACUUUAUCACUUCUUGGCCUUUUGGUCAAGCCCAAAAGGAAAAGUUGCAUACUUUAUGACGUUUACUUAAAAAUAACACAACCACAAUAUCACCAUACCACUAAGAAAAUUAAAACAUUCUUUCCUCAGCUCCAUUGGAUUCCCAAGUUUAGGCUCCCCGCAUCAGCCCUCAGUUCCUGCCAAGACCCUUGCUCUUCAUUUUCUGGACCAAAGUGAGGGCCUGGACAUUUACCUAGAGUUGUACUGGUGAAUGUUUUAACCACUGGUCCCUGGGGAGGGGGAUGCCUCCAUUUGUGGUAGUUGCCAGUACUUCUGUGGCAUAAAUAUUCCCGCUGUGGGCAAUUUCAAGCUACCAACAUAAUUUCAACAGUCUCGAAGACUUCCUGAAAAUGUAGCCACCACUCCAGCACACCACAGCGUCGAAUCCUAUUACAUUUCCCCUCCUUCAGCAUUAUUCCAGUCUGCUGCUGAUGGUGGGAAACAGAUAGUCGCCAAUGCUCUUGUUUGUUUUGUUUCCACAGGGGAUGCGCCAGUUCAUCCUGGAUAUCAUCAUGAUGAUGCGAGUGUGUAAAAUAUUCAUCCAAGGGCUCAAAGGAUUCCUGGGGUAUCAGGUCACUGAGACUGCUCGCAGAAGGCACCCGAUCUUCUCCUUCUGGGAUAAAAAGAAGCAAGGCCGAAUCACAUUUGAUACUAUGGACUUCGUUGCAGAGUCGGAUUACUUCCCUCCAAAGGCCAUUGAGAUAACACGGAAGAAGCCUUCCUGGAGGACAGAAGAGGAGAUCCAGACCCUCUGUAACAUCUUGCAGGUUCUGAGUUCCUACCGGAAUUACUCGGAGCCCCUGCAGCUGCUUCUGGCCAAAGUCGUUCGCUUUGAACGGUUUGGUCGCAAGCGUGUGAUCAUAAAGAAGGUGCAGAAGAGCAACAGCUUUUAUUUCAUCUACCUGGGCAGAGUCGCAGUGACCGAGGAUGAAGAUGGCAGCAGUGCCUUCCUGGACCCCCAUCCCAUGCUUCUGUGCAAGGGCGACUGUUUUGGGGAAAUGGGUCUCCUGAGUUCUUCAGUAAGGAGGGCCACUGUGGUCUGUAUGGAAGAAACAGAGUUCUUGGUUGUUGACAAAGAGGAUUUCAUUGCUAAUAACCUGGACCAGGAAGUUAAAAAGGAUGCUCAGUGUCGGUUUGAAUUUUUUAGGAAGAUGGAUCUGUUACUGUCAUUGUCUGAUGAGAAGCUCUGGAAACUGGUUACCCUGGGGAAGGUGGAGAAGUACCCGUAUGGACAGCUGAUCUCAGAAGACAUUGUCAAGUCGUCCUCCAUCAUGUUUGUCUGUGGGGGCAGCUGUGAAGUCCUGCGGCUACUAGACCUUGGUGCCUCGCCUUCCUACUACAAGUGGAUCUGGCAGCAUCUGGAGCUGAUAGAUGACAGAGCUCUGAAGACCAACCUCAAAGAAUCUUCUCCUAUGCAGAGAUUUAAGGAAUUCCAGAUCAAAUCAUAUCCUGUACAGGAUUUUAGUUCUCUGAAACUUCUGCAUCUCCAGAAAGCCUGGGAGCAACAGGGGACCAACUUUGAUAGGAAGAUUAAUACCCAAGAAAGCAGUCUUCCAAAGCUCUUGGGCCCAAAGAUCAAAUCCAGGCAACCUCAUCUGAUCAAGUGUCCCAUGGUCAAUACCAAGCAUGGUGAUCUCCCAAAGGAGGCGUUAGUGGGGGCCUACGUCAAGAUCCACACAGUGGACGAAGGAGAAGUCAUUGGCCUUCAUCAGAUCCUCCUCCCAAACAGCCAACUAGACACUCGGCCCUUGAUCCUCGUGAGCCUGGGAGUUGAGCUGUUAACUGUGAGGAAAGAAAAAUUUUGUGACCUGAUCGACAGCAAGGUAACAGAAAAGUUGUCCGGGUUCGAGAUCAAGUACCCCAGUGAUGAUGAUGUGUGCCAGAACUUCCUCAUGGAGAACAGCUGGAAUGUCUUUCGGAAGGACCUGGUGAGGCUGCUGGUAAAGCCUCGCCAACGUCCACCACUCACCCAAGUCCAGCGCAAGAAGAAAGAAAUCUACAACCCCAAGUCUCUGAUGCUGGAUUUGCACAGCCUCGACAAGAAGACUAAACGUCGUUAUCCCAUUUUCAUGGCACAACAGAAAAACCUCCCCCCACUGAGGAUUGUCCACGCUAUCACACCACCCCGGUACAAAAUCCAAGAACUCCUGCCUCAGUACAAGAAUGCUGGCGUCCUGUCUUAAACCCAAUAAAGGAUGUAGGUCUGU